AUGACGACGCCACCCUCUCUUUUUCACGCGCUCCUUCGCCCUUCUAUUCUCCAGAUCCUUCGCUCUACAGGCUACCACUCGACGCGCCCAGCCGUGCUCGACUCCUUAACCGACCUCGCCGCUCGAUACCUGUCGCUUCUUUGCCAGAGCACCGCUGAUCAUGCGGCUCACAACCAAGGCGACAGCGCCGACUUCACCAUAGCAGACAUACGGAUGGCGCUCCAGGACGCAGGUGCCAUUAUGCCUGAGCGCGUUCCUACAGAAGAGAUGUGGCGCGACGAAGAGGACUUGCGGGGAGUGGAAGAGUUCAUGGCGUGGUUUGCCGGACAGCGCAUGAAGGAGAUGAUGGAAGUUGGCAGCGGAGACGGUGAAACGGAUGCUACAGAUUAUCUUAAUGCUCUUAAAAAGAAGCACAGCAAAACUGGCGAGGACGCCAAGUACCACGGAACUAUACUCGGCCGUGGCCACGACACAGGCGAGAUCCAAGUCGAAGGCGGCCCAGAGACCACGAUUGCAGAAUGGAUUUCCAACCGCGCGUCACCACAGAGCAGUCCAACACCUGGCGAAGACCAGCAACAGGAUAAAGACCAACCUCCACAGCAACAAGCUCCUCAACAGAAUGGUCAUGCUAGCGACGACGAUUCAGGACUUAGCUCUGUAGGCGACCGUCUAGAGCAGGACGAAACAAUGGACUUGUCUUAA